GUUUAAAGUAGUAGUGUGUAGUGGUGUGCGCAGGAAGCUAAACAACUCCUUCACUCCCAAGUUCUCCUCCGACUCCUCAUCCAUAAAAUCUCAUCGGCGUCUCUCACAAUUUCCAACCUCUCUCCAAGAAGAAGGAAAGAGCUUUUGACCCAGGUGAUCACUCCGAACAUGUUUUCGUCUAUGGAUACUGCAUCUGUUCAAGGUUCUGUUGCUGGUGGGCUUGGGGAUCCUGAUCGGAUUUUUUUUGGUGGAUUCCCUUACUACUUUAAAGAAGAACAGAUCAGGGAGUUGGUAGAGUCCUUUGGACCCCUUCGCAGUUUUGAACUAGUGACAGAUGGAGGCAGAGGAAACAACUCAGUUGCUGCCCAUUGCGUUUACCAGGAUGUUUCAGUUACAGACAUUGCUUGUCAUGGCCUGAAUGGGAUUCGAAUCGGUGCCCAGACACUGAUUGCUAGGCGUGCUAAUCAUGGUGCCAACCAGCAGCCGGAACCACAUUCUUCUUCUCAAGAAAAUUGCAGUAUUUGCUGGUGUAGCCUGACAACUGGCCAAGGCCAAGCGAUCUUUACUGCUGAGUGCUCCCACCGUUUUCACUACCCUUGUAUUGCCAACAAUGUCCAGCAUGGAAAUCUUUACUGCCCUGUCUGCAGAGUAAAAUGGGACAAGAAUAAUGUACCUUUCCAAGUUCCUCCUCCUCAACAGACCAGGAUCCCUUUCAGGCAGUUCCCAAUGCCGCAGCAACCCCAUUGGAAUUAUCCUCACCUCCCAUAUCAGCAGCCGCAUUGGAAUCCUCCUCAGUACCCAUUUGAGCAGCAACCCCAGGACCCUCCUGAGCCACUUACCUUCUCUGAUGAUGAACCUCUCCAGUCAUUGACCUCACCUGUUCAAUCCUCCUCCCACCAGAGUGUGAUAGUUAAGACUUAUGCAGAGUUCUCUGCUAUCUCUGCUGUGGAAUCUAGCUCAAAGUUUCCUGUCCUUGUCAGCAUCCGUGCACCACCCCUUAAGGAUUCUGAGGGCCAUGGUCGUACUCCCAUUGACCUUGUAACAGUUCUGGAUGUAAGUGGCAGCAUGACUGGCUCGAAGCUUGACCUUGUCAAGCGUGCUGUCAAAUUUGUCAUAGAAAACUUGGGGUCUUCAGACAGACUUUCUAUUGUCUCAUUCUCAUCAAAUUCUAAGAGAGUUCUUCCUCUCCAAAGGAUGACUGCUGAUGGCCGUGAAAGUGCCAUACUAGCCGUCGAGUCUCUUAGAGCAGGUGGUGGAACUAACAUUGCCGAAGCACUCAAGAAAGGAACUAAGGUCCUUGAAGAUCGAAGGGAAAGGAACCCAGUUGCUAGCAUCAUCCUCUUAUCUGAUGGCCAAGAUAACUACUGUCGAAGUGGAAGCCAAAUAUUGAACCAAUUGCCUGCUUCCAUUCGUUCUAGUGACAUGCAACAGGAAAUCCCAGUCCAUGCAUUUGGAUUUGGCCAAGACCAUGAUGCAAGCAUUAUGCAUGCCAUUUCUGAUGCAUCCGGUGGUACCUUUUCAUUCAUUGAAUCUGUUGGCAUGAUACAAGAUGGUUUUGCUUUGUGCAUUGGUGGUCUUCUCAGUGUAGUGGCUCAGGAGCUUCGCCUCACAGUAAGGUCAGCAUCAGCUGGGGUGAAGAUUGUUUCAAUACCAUCAGGGAGACAUGUGAGCCAGAUUUCUGAUGAGGGCCAGCAAGGUGUAGUUGAUAUUGGAAAUAUGUAUGCAGAAGAGGAGAAACAAUUUCUGGUCUACCUGUUAGUUCCACCCUCAGCUUCACAUGUUAAGAUGCCAUUGUUAGAUGUAACAUGCGUGUACAAAGAUCUUGCUUCAAAUGAGUUGAUGCAGGUGCAAGGUGAGAGAGUAGAGAUACUGAGACCUGAGGUUUGUUCCCCUGCAGAAAAGGCAUUGUCUUUGGAGGUUGAUCGACAGCGGAACAGAAUUGUGGUGGCUGAAACUAUUGCAGAGGCACAAAGGUUGGCUGAGAUGGGAAACCUGGAAGGUGCACGGGCACUUUUGGCUGAACGAAGAGCAACUGUCUUAGCAUCAGCAGCAGCUCAAGCUGGGGAUGGUCUCAGUAAUUUGUUUGAAACUGAGCUUAGAGAAGUCAUGGAGAGAAUGGCAUCUAUGGACUUGUACGCUAACUCAGGGCGUGCUUACGCUCUCGCAGGGAUGAGUUCUCAUUCUCGACAGAGGGCUUCAGCUAGGGGUGACACAAUGACCUCAUGUCUCUUUGCUGCCUCCAACCGUGUGAAUUUCUCCAGCGGUGGCAAUGCCUUAAUGCAGCAGUCAGGUGCCUCUGCUUGUUUUGGGGCCCCUGCAGGUUUCGGUGGUGCUAGUUUUUCAUCCAGUGCCGCUCCAGGUGGAAGUCAAUGCUCUUCUGCAGUUGGUGCUUUUGAAACACCUGCUAUGGUUAGAAUGGUAGAAAAAUCACAGAAGAGCAAUCAAUCUGGGCAAUAAGUUUGACUGCGCACGUAUGCGCUUGGAGUAAUAAUUCUGAGUUUCUGGCAGUAGUAACCUUGAGGCUGCUAGUUCUUUCAAACUGUUGUUUUUGUUUCCCUUUGAUGGUAGAUUGACUUGCUUGGGAUUAUGAAUGUUACUAGUGUUGCUAGAAGUUGAAUAACAGAUUCUGGGUUUGUAUUAGGAUGGUUUGACAAGGCUUCUCCUUGCAUUUGUACUUUUUUUUUUGUAUAGUUCAGUACUUCAGUUUCCAA